AUGCAUCGCUCGACAAAUCACAGUAAUAGCAGCGCUUUCAGUCCCAACGCCAACCCAAAUGAAGACUGGACCAAGAUCUCAGAUCUGGCCGAGCGAAGGCGGAUCCAGAACCGCAUUGCGCAACGCAACUAUCGUAAGUUGGACAUGGCCACCCCGUCGAAUGCGACUCGCUCGUCUCGUGGUUUUGGUUGUCUUAACAUUCGCGUGUCUGCAGGAAAGAAGCUGAAGCGCCGACUCGAGGAUCUGGAGCGACGGGCAGCGUCUUCUACAUCUCCAGAACCCUCCCCGGCGGAGAUUGUGACUGCCCCCAAACCAACCACUGCCUCCCGCAAAUCCCAAUCCAAAUCAUCACGGCCCAUCAAGUCUGCGGACAAUCGCAGUCUGACCGCACACGGCGCAACCCACGAGCGGUUAGCGUCGCACGAUUCGCAAACCACCAACCCAGAUGAGAGGAACAUGUUCGGACAACAAUGUACUCGUCAAUUGAGCGCGUCACCACCGCCGGCCUUUUCGUACCCACCACUCUCUGCCUUUGACACCUAUCGACCCAAUUAUCCACAGAUGCCGGUCUAUCCUUCGGUCUCCAGUCCUUACGGCGAGGUCCACUACGCCCAUUAUCACGAGAAUGCUCCCAACACUCUGCCGAUGGUGCAGAGCCUCGGGAUGACUCGUAAGCCCUACGACGAGGACAUGAUGAGUCCAUUUGGCAUGAGUUACGCUUCCAUGGCCGGUAUCGAUAUCGUGCCUCAACAGCACGCAGAGCCUCAACUUCCGGUGCCUAUGUUGUCCUAUGGCUACUCUCAUCAUGACGUGACGCAAACUCCUCAUCUCAGUCACGGUCAACAUCACCCUCCUCAUUCCACCUCCAGUCACAGUCACAGUCACAGUCAUGAUCAUCGUGCCGGUUCUUCCUCGACAGCUUCGCCUGAGACAUCCUAUUUUACCUUUCCACCGACUCCGCAGUCUCCUCCGUGCUCUCCACGGUCCAUGCCGGGCUUUUUUGACUACGACCUACACCACUAA